AUGAAAGUUACUGCACUGUUCAGUUCUAUUGCCUUGGGCCUCUUGCCCUACACAACCGCCAGUCCAGCCUCGGCAGAGCACCGCGAGGUUUCGCGAGCUGUGAGUGUCAAGCCUCGCGCGCUGGCAAAUGCGACCAAUGGUUAUGCCCCAGUUCAUGUUACCUGCCCGGCAACCCGGCCUAGGAUCCGAAGCGCUUCGACACUCUCCUCCGAAGAAACAUCUUGGCUGGAUGUUCGUCGCGGCAAGACCGUGCCAGCCCUGAAAGAAUUCUUCGGGCAUGUCGAGAUCGACAACUUUGACGCCUCCAGCUACAUCGAAAGCCACUCCAGUAACUCAUCCAACCUCCUUAAUAUUGGUAUCGCCAUAUCAGGAGGUGGCUUUCGUGCAAUGUUGAAUGGUGCUGGUGUUCUCAAGGCCUUCGAUAGCCGCACCGAAGGUGCAACUGCCAAGGGCCAGCUGGGUGGUCUGCUGCAGUCUGCCACUUAG